CCACCGCCACCGCGCGGGCCCGAGAGCCCCACACCAUGGAGACCUUGGAUCCUGCCACCCAGGGGUGCUGAGCUGACCAGAACUGGAAGCCGGCUUGAGCUUGGGGGUGACCAACAAACUUUUGGAUCAAAGGGAGCCUUUGGGUUUCAGCAUCCUGUAAGACUUUAUUUACCCAUUUCAAAGAGUCAAGAAUAUCUGCAGAGUUCCGGAGAAAAAGUGCUGGCCAGUUUCCCAGUGCAAGCCACGAUUCACUUCUACAACGAUGAGUCUGAUGGGUCUGAUUCUGAAGAUGAAGAGCAAGAGGGAGAAAUCCAGCCCUUCCAUCUUCAGUGCCCAGAGGAAGGAAGUCCAGAGGAAAGUGGCUCAGAGGGCAGAGAGCGGCUAAACCAUGGAUCUGCAGGAAGGGCUGGCAUCUGGGGUAAGGGCCAGUUCCCCCAUGGUGACUGUCCAGGGGGUGGCGAGUGCUCUUCACCCAAGUGAACUUGGUCUGUCCCUCACACCAGCCCCCCAGGGACUGCCUCCUCCUGGGCCCUGCUCCAGGACUGGACUGCUUGCCAAGUCCUGGGGACAGCUGGCCAGGGCACUUUGCCUCCUCUGCUGGUUUUACAGGGACUGGGGGCUGCUCUGACCGCCUCUGAUCAGCACUCCACCAUGGCAAUAACUCAGCUUACUUUUCUUUCCCCUGGUGAUUCUUUUUUGUUGCACUCAUGCAUGCCUUUGAGAAAGGAUUCUAGGACAAAGGUCUGUGUUAACGUGAGUUGUUAUCAGGUAGGGCCAACUUUCAAAGCUCGUUCAGCAUUAUCACUCUGCUAAUCAGAUUACAAAUCAUUCCUAUAUAGAUUAGUAAUCCACCCCCACCUCUCACUUAAACCUGAGUCUUAUUUAGCUAUUUCUGCUUUUGUGAAAAUGAUUUAGACAUUAAAUCCCAGUUUUAACACAUUGUCUAAGUUGAUGUGGUUGCUUAGCAGUGUUCUGAAAAUUUUUUAUUUAUUAAAAAAAAAAAGCCCACUAAAUAAUUUCCAUAAGACUGAUAAAAAGAUAUGGCUUUCUAAAAGAUAAUUUUGGAUAAAAAUGUGUGGGGUCACUGUAUAAGGGCUGUGUGUAUGAGUAUAUAGGGAGUAGAGCAUUAACUCUUAGUUGGUGACUGCUUUGGGCUUGUUACUUGAAUGGAAUAACACUGUUCUCAAUUAAAAUACCUAAUGUAGGACCGGCCCCGUGGUGCACUCGGGAGAGU